UAGUGAAAGUCUCUUCGGCUCACUCGCAGUCCAAGCCAAAGAGGCAGUUGGUGAGCACGCGAGCAAAACGGCUGCUGCGAUUUAGUCAACCUCACGUGUAAUAUCGCGCGCACUCUGCUCUCAACCUUUGGUUUCUCCUACUGUGCACCGCGAAUACGUAAUACUCGGAUUCAAUCAGCUUGUUUGAUUUCCUGUACAUCACUCAGGAUGGGCAAGGGCGCAGACAUGGACGGCUGCGGCCAGUUUAUGAAAUACAGCAUGUUUUUCGCAAAUUUCGUCAUUUUCGUCGGAGGAGUAACGGUGCUUGGCAUCGGAGUGUGGACACUGGCGGACAAGGCGUUCAUCAACGAGCUGCUCGGCACGAACCUGUUCAUGGGCACCGUCUACAUCCUGAUGGCGACUGGAGGCAUGGUUGCCUUGCUCGCAUUCUUUGGCUGCCUCGGUGCGGUCAAAGAGAUCAAGUGUCUCCUAUUGCUGUAUUUCCUGCUGGUUCUCGUCAUUUUUGUAGUCAUGCUGGUCGGCGGCAUUUUAGGCUAUGUGUUCAGGGAAAAGGUUCACGACACCAUGGAGCAAGAAAUGCAGGCGUCGAUUCGAAUGUACGGACAGAAAAGAGCAGUCACACGUGCUUGGGACGCAACCCAAGAGACGUUGAAGUGUUGCGGAGUCAACAGCUUUCAAGACUGGGGCGACCAGUUGCCCGAUAGCUGCUGCAUCGAAGACGAGGAAGGCAAGAAACUUCCGUGUCGCUACGAGUCGCAGAAUAUUUAUCCCGAGGGAUGCCUGAUGCUGACAGAAAUGUUCGUCAAAGAUCAUGCAGAAAUUAUUGGCGCGGCUGGUAUCAUCACCGCGUGCCUUCUUCUCCUGGGAAUGAUCUUCUCGUGCGCUCUGUUCAAGUCCAUUGAGUAAGAACAAGGAUCAGCGACAAGUCUGAAUGUGACUAUAUGGACAGUGUUUUGUACUGCGCGACGACAUUAAUUUAGGUUGCAUUGCGUGCUUUCGUGUCAUGUUUAGUCAACUUAGGUAAAAUAUUGAAAUGCAUUACACUAUUGCGUGUACAUUUGUAAUAUGAUAUAAUAGUGGCGAAAACUUUUUGUAUUCUUGAAGCAUGUAGCAUUUAUUUCAUGCGGUGAUUUUAUAAUCUCAACUCUUGUUUUUGGCCAAACUUUUGUACAAAUUUAGAGGAAUUUAUGUGUUUGUGUAUAAUUUGAAGACUUGGUGAUUAGCGGUCAGAUAUAGUAAAUAGUUUUAUAAGAAGAUUGAGAAUAAAGAUACUGAGAAAUUAUUUAUGUCGACCAAAUAAAGAGACAACUAGGAUACCUGCUAA